AUGCCCCGAUUGAGAAAGAGAAUUUCACCCAUUGAGGGUGACUCACUGAAUGAUGGCACUAAUUCAGUUGAGAUUCAAGCGCCCGUGGUAAAUAGUGGACCCUCGAACCAUCGGCGAGGGAGCGGCGCUGCACCACAGCAGAAUGUUUGUGGCCAGUAUAGGAUUAUUUGUUCUAGCAAAAGGGUUUCUGAAGACAGGGUUCAUGAGUUGAGGGCUGAGAUCCAGCAUGAAUUGAACUUGACAGGUGCUGCCGAAAUAGUUGAAAGAGUUUCACGAAGGAGAAGAGGAGAGUUAAAUUUAGAAGCACAGGAAGAAACAAACGAGGCAAAUGAAGAAGCAGGUUUGAUGGGUCAAAACCAGCAUGGAGAUGAUGCAGAAGAAGAAGAAGAAGAAGUGGUUGCUGGAGAAGAAAAUCAGAUAGAUUUAAGACUUAAUGUUGAUUUUCAGAAUUACAGGUCACGGUACGAGAAUGCAGUCAUGAAUGCUGUUCCGAGAAUCCCAAAGAUACCGUCAAACAGUUCGGCUAAUGAAUGUGUUGCUAGAAUGAAUCCAUUAGCAGUUUGUAGUGUGCUGGGUAUUAGGGUGAAUGAGGAGCCAACAGUGCCAAGGGAGGAAGCUGAAACAACGUCUAUACCAAGAUGGGUUAGGAAAAUUGAGAAGAGAAUCAAUGGUUUUAGGAAAGACAUUUCUUAUGUCCAGGCCUUCUUGAGGUACAGGUUUUCUUCGGGAAGGAGGGUGAUAAGAAAUGUGAAAAGAAUUCUGCUGACUAUGCAGCUGUCUUUGAGUUCUCCAACAGCAAAUAGGAGGUUGAUGGGGAAGUGCGAAUACUUGAAACAGAGAAUUGCAGCUUUGGGGAGCAGAAUACGUAGGUUCAACGAAUCUUCGAAGAGGAGAGAAGAGAAGAUGUUUAGGGAAAAUAGAAAGCAGUUUUUCAGGAAACUAGAGGGGCAAAAGCAGGUGGAAGGAGAAAUGCCAUCGAAGGAAAGUUUGCAGGAAUUCUGGGCAGGAAUUUGGUCGGAUCCAAAAGAGCAUGAUGAAGGUUCUUCGUGGAUAGGAGAUGUGAAGGGGAAAUGUGAAGAUUUGACACAGAUGGAGAAGGUCGUUAUUGGAGUAGAUGAUGUGUAA